AUGAAGGGAGGUAUUGCUGCCGCCGCUUUCGCGGCCAUGGUCAGCAGCGCCACCGCGCUCAACCACCGCCACGCCCACGCCGGUCUUCACAAGAAGAACGUGGCCGAGACCUGCGGUUGCACCACCAUCUACACCUACAUCACCGGGGAGCCCACGCUUGUGCCCAACCACCCUCCCAAGACCACCGAGUCGUCCAGCUCGUCUGCCGUCGUCACACCCAGCUCGUCGUCCGUCGAGGUCCCCUUUACGACACCGGAGACUCUUCUUCCUCUGCCGACCACCUCGGAGGAGGUCAAGCACCCCGUGCCUACCCCCGAGGUCACCACCUGCCCUACGCCCGGCACCUACACCAUUCCCGCCACCACCGUGACCGUUGACGAGACCACCACCGUCUGCGUCCCCACCAGCGUUCACGUCGUCCCCGGAACCCACACCGUCGGCGGCGUGACCACCGUUGUCGUCGAGGCCACCACUGUGACCUGCCCCGUGGCCACCGUCACCACCCAGCCUGACGGCGCUGUUACCAGCACCAUUGUUCAGACUGAGUACGUCUGCCCCUCGGCUGGUACCUACACCAUCAACCCCAUCACCACCACCGUGACCGAGGAGUGCGAUGUCGAGUUCCCCGUCCCCACGAGCUACAACCCUGGCACAUACACUGCUCCUGAGCAGGUCAUCACCGUCACCGAGACCGACUUCGUCUACGUCUGCCCUUACACCAGCUCUGGUCUGCCUGAGCCCACCAAGGUCCCCGAGGCCCCCAAGGCGGAGGUGACCAAGGCUGAGUCUCCCAAGGAGACCAAGGUCGAGACCCCCAAGGAGACCAAGGUUGAGGAACCCAAGGAGGAGGAGGAGACUGAGGUUAAGGAGCCCAAGAAGGAGACCCCCAGCAAGGGUCACUUUGAUGGUAGCUUCGGUGGCAGCGGCGACCACUACGGUAUCACCUACACCCCUUUCGAGGAGACCACUGGCGAGUGCAAGUCUGCUAGCCGCGUGGACAGUGAUAUUCAGGAGAUCAAGAACGACGGUUUCCAGGUCGUCCGUGUCUACUCCACUGAUUGCGACACUCUGCCUUCCGUCGGCGCUGCCUGCAAGAAGCACGGCCUCCAGAUGCUCAUCGGCCUCUUCGUCAAGGAGACUGGCUGCUCCCCCGACACCCCUGAGAUCAAGGAGCAGAUUGACGCCAUCUCCGAGUGGGCCCAGUGGGAUCUCGUCAAGCUCUUCAUUGUUGGCAACGAGUCCAUUAUGAACGGCUUCUGCACUCCGGGUGAGCUCGCUACCCUCAUCAAGACCGUCAAGUCCAAGUGCCCCGACUACACUGGCCCCUACACUAUUGCCGAGACCCUUGACCAGUGGCUCGACCCCAGCGUCGCCGGAGCCAUCUGCGACGAGGUUGACUUCACUGGCGCCAACAUCCACCCCUUCUUCAACGAGGCCAACUUGGCCAAGCUCGCCGGCAAGUUCGUCAAGGGCCAGCUCGCCAUCCUUGACAAGAUCUGCAAGGGCAAGCAAGCCGUCAACCUGGAGUGCGGCUGGCCCAACAACGGCAGCCGCUGCAAGGGCCAGGCCUGCCCCGGCACGUCCCAGCAGGCCGAUGCUCUCCAGUCCAUCCGUGAGGAGUGCGGUGACCGCACCGUCUUCUUCUCCUUCGGCAACGAUGCCUGGAAGGAGCCUGGCGAGUACGGCUGCGAGCAGUUCUGGGGUUCCAAGGACUACUUUGCCUCCCUGUAA